AUGUCCAGCAAAAGCCCUGCUGUCGCGCAGACUAGCACUGGUGGAACCCCAGGCACGAAUGCGGCUGCGGUACUAGACCACUCGAAAUCGAGUAUCAGAGAGAAAUUGCAUCAAACAUACGCUUCUGAUCCAAAAUACAAGAAGUACACACAACAAGUGGAGAAAUGUCUCAACGCAUUCGAUAAUGUACACGAGUGGGCGGACUGCAUCGCGUUUCUGAAGCAGUUGUUGAAGACGUUUCAAUCCUACAUGCAAUUCAAGGAGAUCCCGUACAAGCUUAUUGUUGCCAAACGGUUAGCUCAGUGCUUGAAUCCUGCUCUACCGACUGGCGUGCAUCAACGUGCUCUUGAUGUUUAUACGCACAUACUUUCUGUGCUUGGAACCGAGGGUCUAAAACGGGACCUGCCAUUAUGGUCGUCCGGCCUAUUCCCGUUCUUCGAGUAUGCUGCUACAUCAGUCAAGCCGAUACUACUGGCCAUAUAUGACACACAUUACUUGCCUUUACAAGCUGAUCUGCGCCCUGUGAUGAAGUCAUUCAUCCUUGCGCUACUUCCGGGUCUUGAAGAGGAGACUGGCGAGUUCUUCGAAAAGGUGCUAAGCCUACUCGAUCGGCUGUCCGGGACUGUCUCUCCCGUAUUCUUCAUCCAGAACAUAUGGCUCAUCAUGAUAACAAUGUCCUCUGCACGUGGAACCGCUCUGAACUUCCUCUCUCGCCGACUACCGCGAUUGCACGCGGACGAAGAUAUCACUCAGAUAGUAGGUAGAGAUAUAGGGCUUAUGAUCCGUGCAUUCGCAGCUGCGCUCGAGGACGACAAUUUGUUAGUUCGAAGAGGCGCUCUUGAUAUUCUGUUGCAGUCGGUGCGGAUCGAUAGUGCCGCUAUCAAACGAGCACAUUCAGAAGACACUGUCAUUCUUAUGAGAGCUGCGACUGGUGUAGUCCUCCGUCGGGAUCUAUCGCUCAAUCGCCGGCUUUAUACCUGGCUGCUGGGACCGGACGAGAAGAGCGAGAACCAAACCGUGUUUCUGCGACAGCAUGCUCUACAGCUAUUGAAUACCACGCUCAAGGAUGAAAUGUUUGCGCCUUCAGGGGAGUACUCCGAAUCAAGACCGUUCAAGAUUUUUAUCUCGCUGUUGGACAAGUGGGAGAUAGGAUCAGCCUUGACUGAUGUUCUUGUACUGGACGCUCUUAAAGCAAUCCGAUUUUUGAUGCAGCGGGAUGCGGAGGAACGGAAUGAGGAUAUUUCUAUGACUGCCAGUACGCUGUACGAGGCUGUCGAGCCCAGUAUUCUUUGGAAACAGCUAUUGGCAGCGAUGAUGAAAGAUUUGACCGAAGACAAUAAAACUGGGGCAAUUGACUUGACCUUAUUCCUACUCCGCUCACUCCCUAUGCAAGAUGACGAAGUUCGCAGCAUUCACCUACCAGUCAUUUUUGCCGCCAUAACGGACAAGCUACAGCGUGAAAUCAACAACGACCCGUCCAAGGCUUCCCCUUCUAUUCGAGAAUGUUUAGCUCUUCAAGAGGAAAUCUUCCAACAUAUACCUCUGGAAUCUCUCAGUCAGCGGCCUGGGCUAAAUGCGGCACUUCAGACAUCAGCCUCGUCUCUUAGUUCACUCGCAUUCGCCCAUGCAUUUUACGGACUCGAAUUCACCGAAUCGAGACCGAGCAGUGUGCUUAAUCCUUUAGCGGCUGUUUUAGAGCACAUGUUCUGCAUAAGUCAAGCGUUGGCACGAUUGCUCUCGACUCAGCAAGGGGGUUCAAUAGAACUUCGAGCAGCAUUCUCACAGGUGUUGCGAGUCUUGUCGAGUGUUGUGCGUGCGGCGGAGAGAAGUUGUGAUACGACUCUCAGUUUGUCAUGGAAACCUUCUGAGUGGCUAUACUCUAUGCUCGAUUGUCUUGACCUGGAGGCCGUCAGUUUCACCCUGGUAGACCAGGUAGUGUCUUUGAUAUUAUCUUUGGAUGGUGCGCAGAAGCUCAGCCCAAAGCUGUCGAUGGAUAAAAGACCAGUCGUUAGUCGCAUGGUCAAGAAGCUUUUCAGAUACCUCCACGCAGACCUGGCUACUUGUCAUGUGCGAGCUGUCAACCUCAUAUGGUCCAUAGAAUCAGUGUCGCGGCCCCAUGAAGUUGAAUCGAUAAUAGCGCAGAGCAUGUGUUCUCCCGAGUCGAGAAACGUUUUCGAGGCGCACGAGGCUUUUGGAGUACUUUGGCGACUGUCAGAGGACGACUCACUUCCGGGAGUGCGCCUGAAGGUGCCGUUGAUGAUAGUCUUGGAGACCUUGAAACAUGAUGAUCCAAGCCUGCGACGCGUAGGAGAAACGUGGAUGCGAUGCAAUUUGAGGUCGUAUAUCAGGGUCUUGGAACCUGUCCUCCGCGACCUUUUGGACCCUUCUAUCCGUCGAAUACCCAGAGCUAGCAGAGUGAGCGGCAAAGAAAUCAGGGGCUAUGUUUACGAGAGGCCGUUUGACCAGCGCUAUGUCGCUCACCUUCUCGAUAUUUUACUCUCGAUCGUCCAAUUCGGUGGUCAAGGAUUUUCCAAGUCUGCCCGCGGUACUUUCAUUAGGCGUUCACAAGACCAUGUGCUGCUCCAGAGGCUUAGCUUAGCCGGGAUAGACGCCGAGACAAGCUACCUCGAUGCGCUCAUCGAGGUAUUGUCAAGGUUCCUCCAGUCCGAACCCAAAGAUCAAGAUGCUCUAGUUAUGCAGCCACUGAACACAGCCAUACAAUCUUCCGCCAUCGACCUUCUCCAAACUAUUGUCGCUCGUGGAGAAAUUGAGAUGCUCGCCGUUGAAAUUCUCGAACCAGCUGUCAUUGGCAAACUUUUCCUCUGCGUCCAUUUACAUCGGUUGGACUUGCAAAAUAAGUUGCUGCGGUUCCUCCACUCCAUCAUAUCUGCCUCGACGUCUCACGCCUACAACGGAAACCCGCCUUCUGAGGAUCGAAGUGCAGAAGGCUCGCAGGACGGGAAAAGGGGCUACACUGUCAACUCCCUACUAACACAAACUAUCAUAGAUGGUAUUGCGAUCCCGCAAAAUCGUCCUGUGAUGCAACACUGGUUAGAUUUUGUGCUCAUGGCAGUUCCCCAGUUCCAACCUGCCCUCCAGAGCGUUAUUUCCCCUAUUGCUGAUUGUCUUUGCCGACAACUACGCUUGCAACUCUCCGAUGUACUAAAGGCGAACCAGCCAAUGGCCAACGAGAAAUAUCCUCGGGUUGCGACUGACGCUGAAUUUAUCAUGCUUCUCAAUGCACUUGAGCGGUUGCUUGUCCUUGGAUUGACUCACAAGUCAGACGCCAAUUCACAAGAGGACGAUACUCCAGUUCAGGAAAAACCUGGGCCUGAAUCGGGAGGUAUCCUAGGAUAUGUCUCAAAUGUGUUCACUACGGACAACGCAUCUCUUACUGUCGAAGAUCAGCUGACGGCGACCAUACAGUCACUCUCACCUGGGUAUAAAUCCCUACAUGAUGGUAUCCGUGUGUUGCUUGCAAUAUGGGUCAACAUGGUGUGGCAUGACACCACCGGCCUGCGGCCAGAAGCGGAUUCGCUUUCUAUGAUUUAUAAUCGGACGCAUGCUCGUUGUCGAAGAGUCCUGGAACACCUGUUCCGCGCUCACCCAACGGAAGUCUUGGAGUCUGUCAUUGAAUGCUGGGAUCAUGAUGCAUUGCUACGCUCCAAGGGCUCUGAUCAGCCUGCGACAGGUGUCUUCGGCCUGGUCGAUGUCUUGAUCGCUAACGCGCAAAGUGCGGUGCAUAUGAUCUGCGACAGUAUAUCAGUACGUAUCUCCAACACCUCGGAGCGUAGUAGGAGACCCGCAAAUGCGAAUCUAUCGGAUGUCGUCCUAUUCAAUUUCUUGGAGCAAUAUUUCCAACGGCUUGAAGGGCCCCUUGCACUUCAAGUAUGGGGUCGAUUUAUGCAGCUCGCGAAGGACCUGGCGUCAAGUCGAGAUUUCAAGGUCCAAGUUUUCUUAGCAUUGAAGUGCUUAUGCGUGUUAGGAGACAAAGUUACUCAGACCACCGCCAUGGACGACAAGCGCAUCAAGAAAGAUCUCCAGGAGACAUUUGGAAAACUCCUUGAAGCAUGCGUUUCUUUUGUGGGUAGAUCGACGGAUUCACCAAAUUGGAUCAGACGUACCACAAAGGAGUCGAUGGUCACGAACGGCCGAUCCUCCCCUGCUCUUCGUGGUGGUGUCUCAGAUUUGAAGCUAGAUGAGAAACCCGAUUCCAGUACUGUAACGCUUUCAGACAAUGUCAAACCGACUUGGGGAGCAGAGUUGCCCACCCAGAUCACUACUUUCAUAGCAUCGACAGCUGUUCCGGACUUGCGCAGGUUUUUGAUGGAUAACGACAAGGUAGCGAAUGCUUGCAGUAACAUUGUGUAUUACAUUGUGAGCCCAAACAUCAAGAUAAAGGCCAGGCCUCUUGAUGCUGAUGUGGUUGUGGUCGACAUCUUUCGGGAGAUGAUUAAAAUCCCCCCUGCGAUAAAGGUUUGGCGAAGCGCAGUGAUCGAUGUCCUAUACGAUAAUCGCAUCUUCAACUCGAACUCCAGCGUUGCUACCAAGUGGAAACCCGUCAUCAAGGCAGUAUUUGAUGCCGAUAAAACUUCCUUCCCCGACCUUCUUAGUCGCGUCGCCACCUCACCCUCGGCCAAUAUUUUCACGAACAGAGAGCACGAGAUGCUUCUGCGGUCGCUUAACUUGCGACGACUUGCAUUAGUCCUCUUCACAGGGGAGAAAAAUCACUUCUUAACCCAGCUUCCAGCUAUACAGGAGAAAUUGGUGGAUAUCCUGCGCAACGUUCCAUCUCCGAUUGUUCAGUGUGAAGUCUACCUUUGCAUACGAGUGUUGUUGUGCCGCCUAGCUGCGCAUAGCAUGACGAGCUUUUGGCCCGUGAUCCUCACUGAACUAUACCGAAUAUUUGAGCAAAUAAUUGAUUCGAUACCUUCAGAUGGCUCAGAAGAUCUACAACUCAUCCUUUCAGCCAGCAAAUGCCUUGAUUUAUUGCUUACCCUUCAGACAGAAGAGUUCCAGAUGUACUUUCUCCCUCCUCUCCGUUGGAUAUUCAUUACCGAUACUGUGGAUGCCGUGUUUCGAUCUGAUGAUUGGUCCCCAGAAGCAAUGUUUGACCAGCUCGCCGAAGUAGUUGGCAGUUUGCCUAUUCCCGAGCCUCGAGAUCCCAGCAUAGGGCUACCACUGCCAACAUCAACCUCCCUUACUUUCCCUGCCCAUUCUAAUCGUGCUCUACGGAAGCCCAUGCUAAAGUCCAUCCGUCAGAUUGACUCGAUUAGGGACCUUUUCCCAUUCUUCUCUCAUGUGAGUAUCUCGUCGUACGAGAGUGUGUAUGCAAGUAGUGGGAACAUCGACUGGGAGGCGGUUGAGCAGGGAGUUUUAGACGAUAUGUUUGAUAGCCGGUGA